GAGCCGCUCAGCCCCCUCCGGCGGCUCUCCAUCGCUCCGCCUACCUGCCUUGUCGGGAUUUUUUUUAUUUUUUUUUCUUUGCAUCCAUUUUUGUGCGUUUAAGAAGUAUCCAAGAAUUAACGAGCGGGAUAAGAGACAGCAGGAGGAAAUCGGCGAGGAGGCGAUGAAAAGGGACCAAAAGGCGACCGCCGCAGAGUGCAAAUAAGGGAGGACGGUGAUGGGCUAGACGGGAUUUACCAUGAGUGGCAAAUAAAAGUCCGAUCUAAAGAUGUCUGCUCCGCCCGGGCCCCGGGGCGGCCCCGCCGCUCCUCCUGCGGCUGCCGUCCUGCCGGAGAUGCCGGACCUCAGCCACCUCACCGAGGAGGAGAGGAAGAUCAUUCUGGCCGUCAUGGACCGGCAGAAGAAGGAGGAGGAGAAGGAGCAGUCCAUGCUGAAGAAGCUGCAUCAGCAGUUUGAGAUGUACAAGGACCAGGUUAAGAAGCUAGGGGAGGAGGCCCAGCUGAAGCCGGAGCAGAAGGGCGACACGCCGACCUGCGGCAUCUGCCACAAAACCAAGUUCGCCGAUGGAUGUGGCCACAUCUGUUCUUAUUGCCAAACUAAGUUCUGUGCACGAUGUGGGGGUCGAGUGGCUCUGCGCUCGAACAAGGUGAUGUGGGUGUGCAACUUGUGCCGAAAGCAACAGGAAAUCCUCACCAAGUCGGGGGCCUGGUUCUACAGCAGGGGUUCCAGUGGGCCGCAGCUCCCGGGCAGCACUGAGGGGCCCUGGGGACAACGGCUGGAGGAGGUGCCACAGCAGAAGAAGGCCAAGCUGCAGGGCCAGUCAGGAGACGGGUCGGCGCCGGACAGAGGCCGGCCGUCCGGGCCGCACCGGCAGGAUUCCCUCAAAAACGGCUCUGUGCUGAGACACACUGGUCUGGAUGAAUCCCCCCUUGAGAGGAACAGAAGCCCGUCAGCAUCCAGGGAUCCAAACCAAAAAUACGACCAAAGGGAGGGGAGGGCAGAUACCUUGCAGUAUGCCCCAGGGGAAGGGGGGCGGCCCAGGUCACCGUCUGACUACGGGGGUCGGGGCCCCUACCGAGGUUCUCGGAUGUACGAGGACGUGGACAGGGGCCGCAGGGAGUACCAGGACCGCUGGGGGCGCUGGCACUCACAGGAUUCCCCCCUGGACGAAGAGUUAGGCGGGCCGCAGAGCGACUACGAGGUGCAGCGGCGUCGCCAGGAGGAGUACCAGGCACGUUACCGUAGCGACCCCAACUUGGCGCGCUACCCAGUGAAGCCACAGCCGUACGAGGAGCAGAUGCGCAUGCAGGCCGAGGUGUCGCGGGCGCGGCAUGAGCGUCGCCAUAGCGACGUGUCGCUAGCCUACACUGAGCUGGAUGAGCCGCAUGGGCCCCUGGUGCGGCGUCGCUCUACCGAGAGAACAUCGGAACGCAGCCCCCCCUCGCCACACCCCUCCGACCGCCGGCAUCACCUGGACCCUGGUGCGGCCCUGCGGCGACCCCGGGCUGACCACGCCGAUGGCGUGCCGCGCAACGACUCGCUCAGCUCGGACCAGUCUGAGUCGGUACGUCCCCCUCCGCCCCGCCCGCACAGAGGCAGGAGGGGGGGCAGGAUGAGGCAAACGUCCUUCAGCAGCUCGGAGGACGAGCUGGCCACCACCCCCGAGUACACCAGCUGCGACGACAUUGAGUUCGAGAGCGAGUCUUACAGCGAGAAAGGAGACGUGGACGGCCACUGGGAGCACGUGCUCUGGCCCGGCGGUGACUCCUCCUCCAUGACCCUGCAUCCAGUAACAUGGCAGCCGUCCAAAGACGGAGAGAGGCUGAUCGGACGGGUUUUACUGAACAAGCGGAUGAAGGACGGGAGGGUGCCCAGGGACACGGGGGCACUGCUGGGACUGAAGGUGGUUGGAGGGAAGAUGACAGAAUCUGGGCGGCUGUGUGCCUUCAUCACGAAGGUGAAGAGAGGAAGUCUGGCAGAUACUGUGGGGCACCUGCGACCAGGGGAUCAGGUCCUCGAGUGGAAUGGGAGGCUUCUGGAAGGAGCCACGUUUAAGGAAGUUUACAACAUCAUCUUAGAGUCCAAGCCCGAGCCGCAGGUGGAGCUGGUCGUCUCACGGCCCAUGGGAGAUGUUCCCCGAAUAACGGAUGGCACUCAUGCACAACUGGAAUCGAGUUCCAGCUCCUUCGAGUCACAGAAGAUGGACCGCCCUUCCAUCUCUGUCACGUCUCCCAUGAGCCCCGGCAUGUUGCGAGAUGCCCCGCAGCACCUGUCCGGGCAGCUCUCGAGCCAAAGCCUUAACAGAAGAGGCACGCCUUGUCUCCCUAGGGUCCAGGUAAAGCUGUGGUAUGACAAGGUAGGCCAUCAGCUCAUCGUCACAAUUCUGGGGGCCAAAGACCUGCCCUCGAGGGAGGACGGCAGGCCCAGAAACCCCUACGUGAAGAUUUACUUCCUCCCUGACAGAAGUGAUAAGAGCAAGAGGAGGACGAAGACGGUGAAGAAGUCGCAGGACCCGCGGUGGAGCCAGACGUUCAUAUACUCGCCGGUGCACCGGCGGGAAUUCCGCGAGCGGAUGCUGGAGGUCACGGUCUGGGACCAGGCCUGCGCUCGCGAGGAGGAGAGUGAGUUUCUGGGAGAGAUCCUGAUCGAGCUGGAGACGGCGCUCCUGGACGACCAGCCACACUGGUACAAGCUGCAGACGCACGACGUGUCGUCGAUCCCGCUGCCCAACCCGUCACCGUACCUGCAGCGCAGGCUGACGCAGGGAGGGAGCCCCACCCGCAGGCUGCAGAAUAAGGCUCCUUAUAUGUACAACUCAGGGUCGCAGCGAGUCAGUGACAGUGAAAUCUCUGACUACGAUUGUGAGGAUGGCAUCGGCGUCGUAUUGGACAACAGACACAACGGAAGGGACCUCCGCAGUUCCACUCUGUCCGUUCCCGAACAGGUGAUGUCAUCCAACCACUCCUCACGAUCAGCGGAAAUGAACCGGGUUCGGUCACGGUCGCCCAGCGUCCCACCACCCCACAGCCGGAGUUUGGACCAUGACUCGCGCGGUGGCCCAUCGCAGUUUAACACCACCAGUCGUGUGGACCGGCACCGCUUGGCAGAGGACCGCUAUUCCCCCGACAGCCACUAUCUUACGCUCCCUCCUCGGUCCAGACACAGACAGCCUGUCUAUCAUCAUCCACAGGACCCCAGGACGUACCGAGCGCUGGACAGGCAUGAGUAUCACAGGUCCAGGUCCGCGGACCAGAGGCCCACGAUGGAGCGGCCCGCCCCCCGCUCGCGGUCCACCGAGCGCUCCGACUCGAGCUUCAUGAGGUCCAUGCCUUCCUUACCGUCCGGAAGAUCUGCCCCUCCCUCACCUGCUUUACUGAGGGCUCAGCCUCGAGGCGGGGGGGUCCAAAUCAGCCCCACUGGCACCCCCGUGUCCACUCGGAGAGGACGGCAGCUGCCACAGCUCCCGUGCAAGGGCACGCUGGAGAGAAAAGAUGGAGAAGAAGGACUAGAGCCCCGUGAAGGUGCCAUGGACGUGGAGGAGCGUGCACGGCAGAUGAAGAUGAACAAGUACAAGCAGGUUGCUGGUUCUGAUUCACGGCUGGAACAGAGGGCCGGACGCGAUGCUCACCGGGGCUCCGACAAUCUCUCCGCCAAGUCGUCGGACAGCGAUGUGAGCGAUGCGUCCGCCCUGUCAAGGACCAGCAGCGCUUCUCGCUUCAGCAGCGCCAGCUACAUGUCCGUCCAGUCUGAGCGACCUCGGGGCAACCGCAAGAUCAGUGACUUUGCAUCCAAAAUGAAAAACAGGCAGGCGGGUGCGUCUGGGGCCAACAUGACGAAGAGCACCAGCAUCGGUGGCGACAUGUACCGCCUGGAGCGGCAUGACGGCAGCCAGUCAGACACGGCGCUGGGCGGCGCAGAUGAGGAGGAGAAGAAGAGACGCUCCAGCCUCGGGGCCAAAAUCGGGGCGAUGGUGGGCCUGUCGCGGAAGAGCCGGAGCACGUCGCAGCUCAGCCAAACAGAAGGUGGGAAGAAGUCGCACAGCAACGUGCAGAGGAGCGUGGAGACGGGGCUUGCGGUGGAGAUGAGAAACCGCAUGACCAGACAGGCCAGCCGUGAGUCCAACGACGGAAGCAUGAACAGCUUCAGCUCUGAGGGAAACCUCAUCUUCCCCAACGUGAGGCUUUCAUCCGACAGCCAGUUCAGCGACUUCCUGGAUGGGUUAGGCCCCGCCCAGAUUGUCGGGAGGCAGACACUGGCCACGCCCCCCAUGGGAGACAUCCAGAUUGGCAUUGUGGUGAAGAACGGCAUGCUGGAGGUAGAGGUGAUCCGGGCUCGGGGGCUUGUGGGGAAGCCUGGGUCCAAGGCACUGCCAGCGCCCUACGUUAAAGUGUACCUGAUGCUAAACGGAGCCUGUAUUGCCAAAAAGAAGACGAAGACAGCGAGAAAAACCCUGGAGCCGCUCUACCAGCAGCAGCUGUCUUUUCAAGAAGGCCCAUCAGGGAAAGUCCUGCAGAUAAUUGUGUGGGGAGACUAUGGACGCAUGGACCAUAAAUCAUUCAUGGGAGCCGUCCAGAUACUUUUAGAUGAUUUAGACCUGUCCAACAUGGUGAUUGGCUGGUUCAAACUCUUCCCCCCGUCGUCUUUGGUGGAUUCGACGCUGGCACCUUUAACCCGGGGUGCCUCCCAGACGUCCCUGGACAGCUCGUUGGCGCCAGUUGCCAGGUCAUAGCAGUGCGAGGACGGGUAGAGCGUUAGCGGCUAGCAGCAUGGGAGCGGGCGGCCCGCCGCUGUGUCACACUGCAUGCUCCACGUCAUGUCUUCUGAGCUUGUUUCUAGGGACGCUGGGGUGUCUUCGGUGAACAUGGAGCUCUGAGCGUCCUUACAGCGAGUAGCAGGCUGCAAGGGGCCCGGACCAGAGUGAAGUUUCAUCACAAUCUCAAGCCAUGGAGAAAAAUAGCAUAAAAUACUGCUGAGAAGUGACUCUACAGAUGAUCUUUUUUGAACAAAAGCAAGCAGUUGUUUGUGUUUUUCGUUUUUGUUUUUUUGUCUGUUUCCUUUUUGUCUGCGUCCACGCUGUACCCAGUGGGGGGAGGGGGGUGAUUGUGUUUCUUACCAGAUGCUUGGUGAUGCCAUGCCAAUAAACGACCAACAGCGGGCCAACGGCAGACUGCCAAGUUAGGAAGGAGAGGCAGAGGCCCGUUACCUCCAAACACACGCACACGAGCUCAAUGAAGAGCGCUGCUAGGGCAUCCGACUCGGCGCUGAAGUCACCCUCUGAUCUCAGUUUCUGUGUUCGAAAAGGACCUUUUUUUGCAUGGACACAAAUUUACUGAAGCUGAAAAAAAAAAUAUUUUCUUGAAGCUGCAACUUGCAGAAAAAGGAAACAAAGAUCAGCCAUUUUCAACCGUUUAUAUUGUUUUUAAAGAUGAAUUUGACUAGUGCAUGGUUUUCACGGCAGCGGGGUGAGGGACCGCGUCAGUCGCCCUAGCGGUCGUUCGUUAGUCUGUAUUUUUACAGGCGAUCCUCUAAGGGAAUCUGCAGGAAAACUUCUUAGGUUGUAUUCAAGAAAAAAAAAGUACUUGUUCAUGUGACAAAGAGAAGAUGAAAAUAAAUGUAACGUAUUUAUUUCACUGUAAAGGUGCAAGCCUUAUGACCACAAACACUAUUGUGCAAAUUGUACACCCUGCCCCAACCCUGGGUGCCCCCCCCCCCCCAGACUCUCUGGCUCCCUCUAUCAAUUUCCCCCAGAUACGCAGAGAUCUGUCAGGGCUGUAUGUUAUAUCACACCUCUCUGUUACGACUUUUUUUAAAUGGGCUUUGUUUCGUUUAACAAGCAUGUUGAAAUGUUUUCUGUUCUUUUCUUUGAAAUUCGCCUUGGGCUCCCUAAGAGUAAAUCCGCAUGUUUUGAUAGAGGGGAUAUUUUGCAUUGUUACAGUUUGGUGUACAGUGCAUGUAAGCUACAUCACUCCUUCACCUUGAAUUAAAUUCUGCAGAAAAUCAGUGGCUCAUGGUUUGUGGGCAAACAGUUCAGACACCCAAGGAAAUGUUUUAACUCUAUGUUUGAUAUCAUGAUAUCAUUUACAGCGUGACAUGCCAUGACUUCAUUUGACAAUUAUACAUCACGAUUUCAUUUCACCUGCAUGUAGCAUGAUUUACAAUAUUGUAUCAUGAUUUAAUUUUACCUGCACAUGUCAUGAUUCUACCAUAAUGCAUUACGAUUUCAAUUCAGUUCCAUGUGUAAUGAUUUCUCCACAAUGCAUCAUGAUUUCAUUUCACCUGCAUGUUUAAUGAUUUACCCAUAGUGCAUCAUGAUUUCAUCUCCAUACCUCGUGAUUUUCCCAUAAUGCAUCCUGAUUUAAUUUCACCUCCAUGUAUCAUGAUAUCAUUCUGGUCUAAAACAGAUAAGUAAAAGAGAAGCGUUUUGUCCUUUUACCCAAGUCAGCCUGAAGAGCUGUGGCUUGCAGUUAUGGUAAAACAGGUCUUGAAAGAGACAUCAGCUCCAUCUGGUGGCAGGUUGAGGUGAAACCCUCCAUAACAGGAGGGAAUGCAGUGUCUCGUGCCGCUCAGACUGACGCCAUACAUCUGACUUCAAAACAGGAAACUGCUACAAAACAUUUACUUCAAGUUCCUUAUUUUAAAAAUAAAUUUUAUUUGCUAUUUAUUUAUUUUUCAGAAAAACCACUACAUAAUGAAAUGUAUUUAUUAAAGCUUUCCUUAAAUGGGAAAUACAAACACCGAAAAAGAUAAAGCAUUUUAAAUAAAACAGAGACGUUGUUUUACUUUAUUGAAAAAUAAAAUCAGUUAUGGCUUGGGGAAGCACACUGCAAACUUUGUUCUUCUAAAAAUAAUGUUGUUGUCUGGAACUGUGCACAUCAACUGACGUUCUCAGUGUGAUUUGGUGAUGAACUGCAUUUUUCCCUAUUGGGAUAUGAAUCAUGACUCAAGAGAAAAUGGAAGUGUUAUUUGCCAUUUCAAACGCCUUUUUGUAGCACAAAUGUGUUCCCGCCAAGGCCAUGUCUACAGUAUGUCUGAAUAAAAAAUAUUCAUGUACGUUAUUUUUCAAAUUCAAAUAAAAAUCGAAAUAUAACAGAAA